GUGAUCGCAGACUGGAGUGUUUGAACUGCCCUCUCCGUCCCACAAUGCAUCGCGGCACUCGGCCUUUGAAAAACCGGCGCGGCUAAUUCAAGAUGGCGGAGCUCGAGCAGCUGUUAGACGAGAGCUCUUCAGCUAAAGCCCUUGUCAGUUUAAGAGAAGGAAGUUUGUCUCAUACUCUAAAUGAAAAGAACAAUUUACCAAAAUCUCAGACCACCAGAGGACGGAGCAGUUACGUUUCUGUGGAAACGCCAACAAGGAGCUCAAAGAGGAGUCGACUGUCGUGUGAGGAUGAGGAGCGGCCGCUCGCCUCCAGAUCUCCCAGGAGAAGCCAGAGGGUCACCACUGUGCCUCAGAAACUUACAAAUGUUACAACACCAGACAAAAAGGCUUCACAGAAAAUUGGACUGAGACUAAGAAACUUGCUCAAACUUCCUAAAGCACACAAAUGGUGCAUCUAUGAAUGGUUCUACUCAAAUAUUGACAGGCCUUUAUUUGAAGGAGACAAUGACUUUUGCCUGUGUCUGAAGGAGUCUUUUCCCAAUCUAAAGACCAGAAAGUUGACAAGAGUUGAAUGGGGAACAAUCAGAAGACUUAUGGGCAAACCUCGAAGAUGUUCCUCAGCAUUCUUCGCCGAAGAGCGAAUGGCUCUGAAACAGAAGAGGCAGAAGAUGCGUCUCCUGCAGCAGAGGAAAAUCACAGAUAUGUCUCUAUGCAAAGACCUGCCAGAUGAGAUCCCCUUGCCCUUGGUCAUUGGCACCAAAGUCACAGCUCGUCUUAGAGGUGUCCACGAUGGCCUGUUUACUGGUCAAAUUGAUGCAGUAGAUACCAGUGCAGCAACGUAUCGCGUGACCUUUGACAGAAAUGGGCUUGGCACACACACUGUUCCUGACUACGAAGUGCUUAGUAAUGAACCUCAUGAGACGAUGCCCAUAUCAGCUUUUGCUCAGAAACAGCGGCCACCUCGUUUCCAGAACUUUCUGACCCCACCCCGCGGGUCUUAUCCCGGCUCAACCCAGUCCAUCUUAAUGGAUAAUGACCCUCUGUUCAGUCAGUCCCCCUGGAGAAGUAAACUAACAGGAACUGAUGGAGAGACACUGGGUGGCUUUCCUGUCAAAUUUCUUGUGCAAGUGACACGCCUGUCCAAAAUCCUCAUGAUUAAAAAAGAACAUAUAAAGCAUUUGAAGGAGAUGAACACAGAAGCUGAGAAGCUGAAGUCUUAUUCCAUGCCGAUUGGGUUGGACUUGCAGAAGAGAUAUGCCACAACAGUCCUGGACCUGGAACAGCUUAAUAAAGACCUCAACAAAGUCCUUCAUGAAGUACAGCAGUUUUGCUAUGAGCUGGCUCCAGAUCAAGGCAUGCAGCCUGCAGAUCAGCCCAGUGAGUUGCGACGGCGCUGUGAAGAAGAGGCGCAGGAAGUUGUGCGUCAGUGUAAUGCAUUGCCUGAAGGAGAACAGCGUGUCCAGAACCCCAGCCUCACCCAACUCGUCUCUCAUCUCACGGCACUCCUCCUGCAGAUCAGGUGUUUAGCCGAAGGGGGAGACCUAAAUUCGUUUGAAUUCAAAUCGCUCACAGACUCUCUGAAUGACAUAAAGAGCUCAAUAGAUGACUCCAACCUCAGUUGUUUUCAGGAUAAUGUGGAGAUCCAUGUAGCACAUAUACAGAGCGGUCUGAGCCAGCUGGGUAACCUCCAUGCUUUCUCUGCCAACAACACAAACACAACGUGACUGAAAUAAACUUGCACACCUCCCGGGAAUCCCAUCUCAUAUCAGACAGCAACUCACCUCUUCAGUUCACCACUUUGUUAUUUUGUGUUCAUUCUGAAAUAACAGUAACUUUACCUGCACAAGCAGUGCUAAAAUUCCAUGCCUGAAGACGCCAAAGUUGUCUGAAGAUUUUCAACUAGCUGGCAAAAAAAAAGUAGAGUGUGAAGUUGUUUUGUAGAUGUAACUGUUUUACAUUAUUUCAGAUGUUGCUCACACUCAAUUUGGUGCAGUUUGUUUUGACUGAAACUGUUUUGUGUAAUUUUAUUUCCUCUGUCUCUUUCACCAAGUGCAUAGCUUUGAGUGCCCUGAGAGAUGAGGUACUGUUCUGUCUGUUUUAAACUGUUCUGUAUGUUUUAAAUAUGUACAUUGUAGAUAACUGUACAGUUCACUCAAACUAUAUCAAUAAAUUGAUCAUAUAUA